AUGGUCUACGUACGCCAGGAAUAUCUGCCGAACUUGAAGAAAUACAAGUAUUCGGCAGUCGACCAAUCACUCGUGUCCAAGUAUAUCCUCAAGCCAUUCUACACCAAUGUAGUCAUCAAGUGCUUCCCCAUGAGCAUGGCUCCCAACUUGAUCACCUUAACCGGCUUUUCCUUUGUCAUCGCCAACUUCUUCACCCUCUUGUGGUACAACCCGACUCUGGACCAAAACUGCCCUCCAUGGGUCUAUUAUUCCUGGGCUGUUGGACUGUUCUUGUACCAGACAUUUGAUGCUGUUGAUGGUUCUCAGGCGCGACGCACUCACCAGUCUGGACCGCUCGGCGAGCUCUUUGACCACGGCGUCGACGCCCUCAACACUUCGCUCGAGGUGCUCAUCUUCGCCGGCUCUCAGAACAUGGGGCACUCCUGGUACACGGUCGCCGUCCUAUUUGCCUCGCUUUGCACCUUUUACGUUCAAACCUGGGACGAAUACCACACCAAGACCUUGACGCUCGGCAUAGUAAACGGUCCGGUCGAAGGCGUGCUGAUCCUCGUUUUCGUCUAUGCACUGACGGGCUACAUGGGCGGCGCGAGCUUCUGGCAGCAGAGCAUGCUGGCGACCUUUGGCGUGCCGACCUCGUGGGGCAUUCCCGAGGCCAUCUAUGAGCUGAACUUUACUCAGUGGUACAUGGUCCAGGGCACCAUUGUCCUCGUGGCCAACACACUCGAGUCCGCACGAAACGUCAUCAAGGCUCGCAGGGCUAGGGGCGACCGCAGCCGCGGUGCUCUGCUCGGCCUCGUUCCCUUCUUUGGUACCUGGACUCUCGUUGCGGCCUACCUCUGGCUGCAGCCCGUGAUCCGCACCAAGCACCUGGUCCCCUUCGUUGUUUUUGCUGGUCUUGUCAAUGCCUACUCUGUUGGUCAGAUGAUCACAGCGCAUCUCGUCAAGUUGCCAUUCCCGUACUGGAACGUGCUCACCAUUCCACUUGCCUGGGGCGUCAUCGACUCGGUCGGCCCGCUGCUUCAGGCUCACCUGGGCUGGGCUUCCGGCUGGCCAAGUGCUCUGGGUGAUGAUGUCUAUCAGGUUGCCUUCAUGUUCAGCAUGUUGGGCAUGGCUAUCGGUGUGUACGGCAGCUUUGUGGUUGACGUCAUUGUUACUAUCUGUGACUACCUGGAUAUCUGGUGUCUCACGAUCAAGCACCCCUAUGUUGAGGGCAAGGACGACAAGGACCAGAGCCAACAGGUGCUUAACCCAGCGGCCAACGGCAAGAAGGGCAACUGA